CUUUGCUAUGUGCUUUCUGUUCUUUUUUCACCUCAGUAUGUACUAAUCAUCUUGUACUUGUGGUCAGAUGGAAAGGUUCCUCCCAUCUUCUAUGGAUGACUUGACAGAGUUCGAUCUUGAAUCACUAGAUUUUCAAUCAGAAGAUCCAUUCAAUAUGUCUGAGCUUCUCUCGCCGGCACCGGAGGUUGCAGUCAACCAAGGCUCCAUAUCAUGCAAUGAUCAAGGUGGACAGAACAUGGUGGUGGAUACCAAUGUGGUCAACGAUAGUAUUCAACAAACAACUCAAUUUUUUUUUUUCAAAGCAUCUUCUUCUAAAGCUUCAUAGUUGGGGUGGUCCACGCGUUAACUUCCUAUAUCUUAUAAUAUAAUAUUUGGCAGGUAAAGUAGUGGGUUGCAACUUUAUUAUUUUUCUAAAUCAUAUACUCAUCAUCUUCUACCUCUUUUCCUUUCCACAUCUAACCAGUGCGAACUAGAUUUAUGUGAUUUCUCUUCUGUUUUUUUUUUUGGCUGAAUACUGCUCAAUCAAACCAGCGCUCGAAGAACAUCUUGAAUCCAGAUGGAAGGAUUCCCACCAUCUUCUAUAGAAGAGGAUGUCAACAUGAUAUCGGAUGAGCUCGAUCUUCAAUCACUACUGUCCGAGCUUGAGCUUCACUCGCUGCCACCGGAGGUUCCAGACAACCAAAGCUCCAUAUUAUGCAAUGAUCAAGGUGGACAGAACAAUGUGACCAUGCCGGGACAUGGCUAUAUGACACCGAACGCAACCACUUCACAACAUGGUGGCUUCAAUCAACAUGGACCUUCUUUUCCUGCUCCCCGGUAUCAGCUUAAACCUAAUUUAUUUGAUCCUCAAUGUGCCAAUCCCAUGUUACCUGGAUCAUUAAUGCCUUUGAGGGACAAACAAUGGACUAAUUAUCAGUUACCAAUUAUGAGCAAUCAAGUGCCUGCGAUGCUACCUGGACCUCAACCUCCAUUGAAUCAAUGGCAUCAGUACUCCAAUAUUCAUCAACCUCAGCCGGGACAUGGCUAUAUGACACCGAACGCAACCACUUCACAACAUGGUGGCUUCAAUCAACCUGGACCUUCUUUUCCUGCUUCCCGGAUUCAAUUUCUUUCUAAUCAAGGACAAGUCGAUGAAGCUGCUAUAAUUCCUAAUAUAGACAAUAUGCAACAGGAGAACUUUGUGCGUCGAAACUUUGGCAACUCUACUAGGUCACAGAUGGAUAACCUCCAAGUCCGAGGAUUGCAAAAUCAAACUGCUACGCCAAAUGCCUCAAAUCCUGGCCCUGACACUUCCUUGCAAAGUCAAAAUAGGGGUUUAAAUACUCAACAAGUCGAAAUGGUUGGAUCAAAUGAUCCGUUUUGGAAUUAUGUCGAAUAUAGGGCUGAUGGUAGGAUGAAGUGUAAGUUUUGUCCACAUACAUAUGCCAAGGAUACUUCCAUUUCGAGGAUCAAAUGGCAUUUAUCAAGAGAGAGAGGGCAUAAUGUUGCCAUUUGUCCUGGGGUGACUACAGAAGUUCAAGAAGCAGCCUUUCUAGCUAUCUGUGGCGGCAACAAAAGACAUAAAAGCACAGCAAGUUCAGUCAAUGUUAAUGAGUGUGGAAUUUCAACUUGUCCACAAGAACAAAACAUUGAGAUUGAAAAUACGGGAGGAGGAAUUGGAAGGGUACAAAGAGAAGUUCAGGUUGUAGAACCCGGAGUAGGGGAAGAGAGGAUUACUUCACAUGCAAUAGCAGGAAACGACGUAGUAAGCAUGACCGGAAUGAGAGCACAAGAAGAUGGAGUUUCCGAAGGGGCACUCGAGAGCAGACCGAGGACAGAACCAGUGGAUCGAUCGUUGGAACAAAGCAAAGCAGUACAAGUGGGAGUUCAAGGCGUGGAACAAGGUCCCGGAGAAGAGAGAAUUCAGUCGCAUUUACAAGCAGAAAAUGACAUGGAAAACACUGGUGAAGGAUCUUUUCAGCAUGAUGCAUUUGUGACUAUACCAAGAACAGAGCAAGUGCAGCUUCUGGAGCCUCGAGGAGAUUCAUCCCAAUUUUGUCUUGACAUUGGAAGAUGUUAUGAUCAACCUUGUGCUCCAUCAGUAAACAAUGAUGUAAAUAGGCAUGAUGCGCUGGACAUGGUUAGAGGGAGGACAGAACCAAUGGAGGAGGAGGAUGUGGAGAAUAGUGGAAGAUCAGUAGUGCAGGCUGGCGCAGGAGCUAGAUCUUCUGAAAGUCUGAAAUACAACAAGACUAGAGGAGUUCCAUUACCUACUAGCUCUAAAAAGCUAGUGGGUCGAGCAUUUGAAGAAUAUACAAAGAUGAUAUGGUCUUUGUUAAUGGAUGAUGAAGUCUCAACCAUUGGUAUUUAUGGGAUGGGGGGAGUUGGUAAAACAACAAUACUAAAACAUAUCCAUAAUGAGCUUCUACAAAGACAAGAUAUUUGUGAUCAUGUUUGGUGGGUGAUUGUGUCUCAAGAUUUUAGCAUUAAUAGAUUGCAGAAUCUUAUUGCUAAACAUCUUGAUCUAAACCUUUCAAGCAAAGAUGAUGAUCUGCAUAGAGCUGCUAAAUUGUCAGAAGAACUAAGGAAGAUUCAAAAAUGGAUUCUCAUUUUAGAUGAUUUAUGGAACAAUUUUGAGCUUGAGGAAGUGGGAAUUCCUGUCUCGUUGAAAGGAUCCAAGCUGAUUAUGACAACUCGAUCAAAAACGGUUUGUUAUCGGAUGGCUUGCCACCAAAAAAUCAAAGUGAAGCCACUUUCCGAAGGAGAAGCUUGGACUUUGUUCAUGGAGAAACUUGGACAUGACAUAGCAUUUUCACCAGAAGUGGAAGGAAUUGCGAAAGCUAUUGUAAGAGAAUGUGCUGGUUUGCCAUUGGGAAUUAUUACAAUGGCAGGAAGCUUGAGGGGAGUAGAUGAUCUACAUGAGUGGAGGAAUACAUUGAAGAAAUUGAAAGAAUCAGAAUUUAGGGACAUGGAUGAGAAGGUAUUCAAGUUAUUGAGGUUUAGUUAUGAUCGGUUAGGUGAUGAAGCACUACAAGAAUGUCUCUUAUACUGUGCAUUAUUUCCUGAAGAUAAUGAGAUUGAAAGGGAGAGGUUGAUAGAUUAUUUGAUCGAUGAGGGGAUAAUUAAAGGAAAGAGGAGCAGGGGAGAUGCAUUUGAUGAGGGCCACACAAUGCUUAAUAGACUUGAAAAUGUCUGCCUAUUGGAAAAUGCUCAAAUGGAUUAUGAUGAUAUUAGACAUGUCAAGAUGCAUGACUUGAUUAGAGACAUGGCCAUCCGAAUACUGCAAGACAACUCUCAAGUCAUGGUUGAAGCAGGUGCGCAAUUAAAAGAAUUCCCAGAUGUAGAGGAGUGGACGGAGAACCUGAGGAUAGUCUCACUAAUGCAAAACAGAUUUGAAGAAAUUCCUUCCAGCCAUUCACCAAAAUGUCUAAAUCUGUCAACUCUAUUUCUAUGUGAUAAUGAAGGGUUGAGAUUUAUUGGGGAUUCAUUUUUCAAGCAAUUGCAUGGGCUCAAGGUACUCGAUCUGUCUUGCACAGGUAUUGAAAAUUUGCCAAACUCUGUCUCUGAUUUGGUGAGUCUCAAUGCAUUAUUGCUCAAUGAUUGUUACGACUUAAGACAUGUUCCAUCAUUAAAGAAGCUCAGGGCACUGAAGAGGUUGGAUCUCUUUGACACUACACUUGAAAAGAUGCCGCAAGGAAUGGAAUGCCUAACCAACCUGAGGUAUCUUAGAAUGAAUGGAUGUGGUGAAAAGGAGUUUCCUAGUGGGAUAUUACCAAAACUCUCUCACCUGCAAGUCUUUGUACUAGAAGAGUUUAUGGGGGAUUGUUAUGCUCCGAUAACAGUUAAAGGAAAGGAAGUAGGAUCCUUGAGAAAUUUGGAAACUUUGGAAUGCCAUUUCGGUUUCUCUGACUUCGUGGAGUAUCUCAGAUCUUCGGAUGGGAUUCAAUCAUUAAGCACAUAUAAAAUUUUAGUAGGAAUGGUGUAUGAAGAUUAUUGGGCAGACAUUGAUGAUUUUCCAAGUAAAACAGCUGGGUUGGGUUAUUUUGGUAUCAACAGAGAGAGAGAUUUUCAGGUCAUGUUCUUAAAUAACAUUCAAGGAGUGGUUUGUCUUUUCAACGAUGAAAGAAGUUUAUGUGAUGUUUUGUCAUUAGAGAAUGCACCUGAACUGGAGCACAUCAACAUUCAGGAUUGCAAAAGCAUGGAGAGCUUGGUUUCAUCUUCUUGGUUCUGCUCUGCUCCACCACCAUUGCCAUUAUAUAAUGGUAUGUUUUCUGGUCUUAAAGAGUUUUAUUGUGAUGGAUGUAACAGUAUGAAGAAGCUGUUCCCACUAGUGUUGCUGCCAAACCUCGUAAACCUGGAAAGGAUUGAAGUGAAGCACUGUGAGAAAAUGGAGGGGAUAAUAGGAACAACAGAUGAAGAAAGCAGCACCUCCAAUUCCAUCACGGAAUUAAUACUCCCAAAGUUAAUUUAUCUGAGUUUGUAUUGUUUACCAGAACUGAAAAGCAUUUGCAGUGCAAAACUGACUUGCAAUUCUCUUGAAGAAAUUACUAUACUCAAUUGUCAGAAGCUGAAAAGGAUGCCAAUUUGUCUUCCGUUGCAUGAAAAUAGCCAGCCAUCUCCUCCCCCUUCUCUUAAAAAAAUCCGAGCAUGUCCAAAAGAAUGGUGGGAGACAGUAGUGGAGUGGGAGCAUCCUAAUGCAAAGGAUGUCCUUCGUCCCUUUGUAAAGUUUUAGUGGUAAUUCUUCCGUUGUAAGAAUACUAAUUGAUUGUAACCUUAAAUUUGCUCAUAUUCAAUAAUAUUCAUUUCUUCAA